AUGGAAAGUCAUCUAGAUACAGCUUCUAUCUUCACUGGUCUGUCAAACAGAAUUGAAAAUGACUUGAUCGAAGCAAUUCAUAAAGUUAUGCUGAAUGAGAUGCAGAAGGAAAUUGAGCAAGCUAAGUAUGUUUCUAUUCUUGUUGAUGAGACAUCUGAUGUCUCAGCAUCUUCACAACUGUCAACAGUUUUACGUUAUGUUACAGAAGACUGUGUGACGAAAGAACAAUUUAUCAGUUUUAGUGAUGUUAGUGAAGAUCGAUCUGCAAAUGCUUUAUCUGAACAUGUUUUUAAAUGCAUUGAGACGUGGGAAUGUGGAAAUAAAUUGAUUGCACAGACAUAUGAUGGUGCCGCUACAAUGGCAGGACAACUAAAUGGGCUACAGGCAAAAGUCAUACGGGGGUGA